GUGUAUAUAGGGGCUUGGAAGUUAGAACAACCAGUGACUGUACGAGCACUGAAAAGAGGUCGAGGGGAGAUAGGAUCCAUCAAAUAUUCGGCCAUUAUUGUUUUCAAUCACCUCGCUUGCUGUGGGAGAGGAAAGGAAAGUGAUCAUGGCAGCUUUGAGUCCAAACUCCACCGUUAAGGCAACCACAGUUGUCAAGGAAAGUGAAGUUCUUGACCCUCCAAAACAGCUCGAUGCUGGAGCUUUGUUCGUCCUCAAAUCCAGAGGCUCAUGGCUGCACUGUGGAUAUCAUUUGUCCACAUCCAUUGUGGCUCCAUCGCUUCUGAGUCUUCCCUAUGCGCUGGCCUUGUUAGGCUGGGUUGCAGGAGUUCUGUGCCUCAUCCUUCUAGGUUUGGUGACUUUCUAUUCCUAUAAUCUUCUAUCUAUGGUUUUGGAUCACCAUGCACAACUCGGUCAGCGCCAGCUUCGGUUUCGGGAUGUGGCUAGAGAUAUUCUAGGACCGAGAUGGGGCAAAUAUGCGGUAGGCCCACUUCAAAUUGGGAUAUGCUAUGCCGCAGUUAUUGCUGGUGCUCUUCUAGGAGGACAGAGCCUCAAGUUCAUUUACUUGCUCUCAGUUCCAAACGGGACAAUGAAACUUUACCAAUUUAUCAUCAUUUUUGGAGUCUUGCUGCUGAUCUUGGCCCAAAUUCCAUCCUUCCACUCCCUGAGGCAUAUCAAUCUUGUCUCCCUUACCCUUUGUCUUGCUUACAGCGCUGGCGUUACAGUCGGUUCUGUAUACAUCGGAUACUCCAAGAAUGGUGAUACCAGGGACUAUUCUGUGAAUGGCUCUGCAGAAAAUCGUGUUUUUGGGGCAGUUAAUGCUGUCUCAAUCAUUGCUACCACAUAUGCCUGUGGAAUUAUCCCUGAAAUACAGGCAACUAUAGCUCCUCCAGUGCAGGGGAAGAUGUUCAAAGGUUUAUGCGUUUGUUACGCUGUUAUAGCCUCGACUUUUUUCAGCGUUGCAAUCUCUGGGUAUUGGGCAUUCGGCAAUCACGCUCUGGAGAGUAGUACAAUUAUUUCAAAUUUAAUGGGCAAGGAAAAGCCUUUGCUGCCAACUUGGUUUCUCUUGAUCAUCAAUGUUUUCACUCUUCUGCAAACAGCAGCCGUCACGGUGGUUUACUUGCAACCAACAAAUGAAGUACUUGAGAAAAAGUUUGCAGACCCGAAAAUGGACCAAUUCUCCAUUCGUAACGUUGUGCCAAGGAUUAUUCUCCGGUCCUUAUCAGUGAUCGUAGCAACAGCUUUUGCGGCAAUGCUGCCUUUCUUCGGAGACAUCAUGGCUAUUAUGGGGGCAUUUGGAUUCAUUCCUCUGGAUUUUAUUUUCCCAAUGGUUGUAUACAAUGUGACUUUCAAGCCCUCAAAGCGAGGCCUGGUUUUCUGGGGGAACACAUUGAUAGCGGUAGUUUCAGGAGUGUUAUCUGCAAUAGGUGCAAUAGCAUCAGUUCGACAAACAGUUCUUGAUGCCAAAGAAUAUCGUUUGUUUGCUAACAUAUGAUUAUUGAGUAUAUGAAGUAGAACAAAUGCUAGAA